AUGGUGGCACGCAGACCAGCCAGUCGGUCAAACCGCGACAGCAGAUUAGAAGCAUUCUCGGUCGACGGAGAAGGAGGGCUGCAUGGGACAUACGUGGUCGAGGGAGAUGGAGCCCGUGACAUCACUCGCUGGGCCUGCUCGUCCGGACAGAUGGAGAUGGACCGAUGGCGGAGUGUUGUCUCAUCUCGGCGGGGGCUUUCUCCGAGCAGGGAGACCCGUCUCGCCGAGGGCACGGGAGCACCACUUUCCUUGAGCGUCCCUGGGAGCACUGCAGCCAUCCUUUCCUCCGGGGGAUGCUUCGCACGGACGCCCCAUCGGCAACUGGACACCCAACAUUAUUGCGGGGUGAAAGGGCGCAGCACGCCAUCCAAACGCUCACAGCGCAGACAAGCCCUGUCUCGCUUCAGGAAGGGCGCCCAAAGGCUCCGGCCAUCCGCCGCCGACCGCGCUAGACGCGCGUUUGUCGAGGCUGUUUGUUCAGCUUUGUGUCUGCCCCAACUGGCCAACUCCGAUCGCGCCUUGGAAACGACUCAUGAAGGGGGCUGA